AUGGCGAUGAACUUUGUGACUUUUAACCAGGACUACAGCUACCUGGCUGUAGCCACCUCCAAGGGAUUCCGGAUCUUUACCACCGAUCCCUUCGCGAAGAGCUAUGAGACCAGGGAGGGAAAUAUUGCUGUGAUUGAGAUGCUCUUCUCGACCUCAUUAGUGGCACUUAUCCUUUCUCCUCGGCGAUUACAGAUUACAAACACUAAGCGGCAAUGUACGAUAUGUGAAUUGACAUUUCCCACGACGGUUCUGUCCGUCAAGUUGAAUCGGAAACGUCUCGUCAUUGUAUUAGAAGACCAGAUCUAUCUCUACGACAUCCAGACAAUGAAGCUUCUUUCAACUAUUGAUACCUCACCAAACCCAAACGCCAUAUGUGCUUUGGCGCCUUCCUCGGACAAUUGCUACAUGGCAUACCCGCUGCCUCAAAAAGCCGCUGCCCCAGGGAAGCAACCAGUCCAUGCACCUCCUGGGACAACCCAUGUCCCACCAACCACUGGAGAUGUUCUCAUAUUUGAUGCAGUUAAACUUGAGGCUAUAAACGUUGUUGAGGCACAUCGGUCUCCCUUGGCAUGCAUUACGCUCAACAGUGAUGGGACUUUGUUGGCAACAGCAUCCGACAAGGGACGAUUAUCCGGCAUGUCCUUCAACACUACAUCGACCCUUCUUUGUGUUUCCUCAUCUACAGAAACAAUUCAUGUCUUCAAAUUAACGCAGCCAGGCCCUUCAUCAGAUGGCUCCUCCGCACACUCUCCGAUUGGCCGGGAACCGAACUUCGGCUCCAGUACAUUUGGAAAUACAAUGGAGGAUGAUGAUUACCCAGGAGAGUCAUCAGGCGAUUUCUCAUCGCGGAAACACAACGGCACUCUGAUUGGGAUGAUACGACGGACAUCCCAAAAUGUCGGAGGUGCCGUGGCAGCUAGGAUGGGAGGUUACCUCCCCAAAGGCGUUAGUGAGAUGUGGGAGCCGACGCGGGAUUUUGCCUGGAUAAAGAUCCCCAAGGCUAGUCCGGGACCAGGACCUACCAGCAAUUCGGGACCCUUGCGAAGCGUCGUGGCCAUGAGCAGCAACACACCGCAAGUGAUGGUGGUGACGAGUGAUGGAAAUUUCUAUGUUUUCAACAUUGAUCUUUCCAAGGGCGGCGAGGGGACUCUCACGAAACAAUACUCGGUUGUCGAUUCGAACGACAGGCUCGGCACGAUCGACUAUUAA